UCCCUUUCGAACUAGUUAGAUUUCGUCAUUGCACAGAACAGCAUGGGUCUGCAAAUCCAAAAGAUCUUGGUGUUGGGUGGGAUUAUCAUAGGAUUUUUGUCUGUCAUGGUAAUCCUGACGGGCACUCUGCUCAAGACUUCCAUACCCAAUGUUCUGGCACCCGAGGAGCGUCUAUUUGCAUUCGACUAUGUGAUUGUUGGAGCUGGAACUGGAGGCAGCACACUCACCUCCCUGCUGGCCAAGCACAGCAAUGGGAGUGUUCUGCUCAUCGAGGCUGGUGGCCAAUUCGGCCUGCUUAGCCGAAUUCCUCUGCUCACCACCUUUCAGCAGAAGGGCAUCAACGACUGGUCCUUCCUCUCCGUUCCCCAGAAACACUCCUCCAAAGGACUGAUUGAACGGAGGCAGUGCCUCCCGAGAGGCAAGGGACUGGGUGGUUCCGCCAAUCUUAACUACAUGCUGCACUUUGAUGGUCAUGGGCCGGACUUCGAUUCCUGGCGGGAUCUCCACAAUCUGAGCGAUUGGAGCUGGGAGCACAUGAGAUCCUUUAUGGCAGCUGCUAGGCCCAAGCCAUCGGAGAUGUUCGAAAUCCCGCAACGGUACUCCAAACUCACUGAAGCACUGGACGAGGCACAGGCGCAGUUUGCCCACAAGGAUUGGAUCUUUCGGCGAUCUACCUAUAAUAUUAAGAAUGGCCUAAGAUACUCGGUGGUGCAGCAGUUCCUUAAUCCGGUGCUCCAUCGGACCAAUCUUCGCCUGCUGCCCGAAGCUUUGGUUAAGCGCAUUCAAUUUUCCUCCAGUCCUAACCUCCAUGCCACCUCCAUUCUGGUGGGGAUUAAGGAUGAGGAGAGCAGGGAGCAGGAGUUCAGCAUUGAAAUAAGGAGAGAACUAAUCCUCUGCGCUGGAGCCUACCAAACCCCUCAGCUCCUCAUGGCCUCUGGAAUCGGAGAUACAUCGGCCUUGGACAAAAUUGGGAUUCCCGUGCAGCAUAGUUUGCCUUUGAUGGGACACAACCUGCACGACCACUUUAAUCUUCCACUAUUCGUUUCGAUGGGCGUUACUGGACCCACACUAAACCAGAACACGCUCUUGAAUCCCAUGACGCUGAUCCACUUCCUCAGCUCCGGAACCGGUCCCUUGGGAAACUUUGGAGUGCUGGGCCACGUGGCCAGCUAUGGAGGAUCAGCCUUCGGCAUCACCUUCUUUGGAGCCGGUGCCAUCGACGAAUCUUCGCUGAUGUCCAUAUCGAAUUUUAAGGGCCCAGCUUUCCGGGCUCUCUUUCCACGCUACUAUAACGCCUCCCAGGAGGGGUUUGUGGUCAUUUCCAGCUGCCUGCACCCAAAGUCACGAGGAUCCGUGGGCCUCCUUAACCGCCACAUGAGAAGGAAUCCUCUUAUAGAUCCGAACUACCUCAGCAACGAGGAUGAUGUGGACUGCACCAUUGCAGCCAUUCGAAAUGCAGUGGCGAUAGUCACUUCCUCCGCCUUCGCUCCACUGCAGCCCCGCAUUCAUUGGCCACGUUUACAGGAGUGCUCCAACUUCGGUCCUUUCGAGCGGGACUUCUUUGAGCAUCGACCCUCGGAUAACUAUCUGGAGUGCCUGAUGCGACACAUUGGCCUCGGAUCGCACCAUCCAGGAGGGACAUGUGCCCUGGGCAGCGUCGUGGAUGCGCAAUUGAGACUAAAAGGCGUUUCCAAUGUCCGUGUGGUGGAUGCCAGCGUCCUGCCCCGUCCCAUCUCGGGAAAUCCCAACUCGGUGGUUGCCGCUAUUGCGCUGAGGGCCGCCUCUUGGAUACUGAAGAGCGAACUGCAGGCCGGUGAUUCGCAGUGAAUCAAAUUCUCUGAGAGAUUGAUACAAAUGCGUUCAAGUUGACGGACAACCACACUGAACACUACUUAUCCCUUAAAAUUAAUUGUAUUUUAAAACAAUUUAAAUGCAUAAUUAUAAAAAUUUCUAAUAUAAAUGGUUAAGACACUUAAAAAAAUAUUGUUGUUUUUUUAAUCAUUAUUGAUAAUUGCCCUU